AUGGCGAAGAAAAUAGUCAUUAUCGGCGCUGGCUUCGCCGGAGUCUGGAGUGCCUUAUCAGCCAAACGACUUGCGACCCUUACAAAUCAAGAAGACAAUCUAGAAAUCCUAGUCGUCGCACCCGGACCAACAUUGACCAUGCGUCCACGACUCUACGAGGCCAAGCCAUCCGAGAUGAUCCACCCACUCGGUCCCAUCUUCAAUGCCUCAGGAGUAAAAUAUGUUCAAGGAACUGCAGAAAACAUCAACACUGAGAAAAACACCAUCCAUGUUCGAUCCAACGAAGGCAUCGAGUCGACAAUCAGCUAUGAUCGCCUCAUCUUAGCUGCUGGAAGCUCUGUCGUGCACCCAAGAGCAAUCACCGGCAUCGAACAACAUGCGUUUAACAUCGAUUCUUUGGAAUCAGCGAAUAAGCUUGACUCCCAUCUUCAGAGCCUUGCUUCCACAUCCCCAACACCCUCUAGUAGUACCAUCGUGGUAUGCGGUGCCGGUUUCACAGGCAUCGAACUCUCUACCGAGCUUCCAAAGCGAGUAAAUCAUAUCAAAAACGCACGAAUCAUCCUAGUCGGUAACGCAGACCAAGUUGGACCCGAUCUUGGACCCGGUCCUCGACCCGUCAUCCUAAAAGCUCUUUCCGACCUCGGUAUCGAGCUAAAACUCGGAUCAGCCGUGACAGAAAUCGACGCUGAUAGCAUAACUCUCGCAUCCGGCGAGAAGAUCGCAACGAAUACAGCAAUUUGGACAGCCGGUGUACGCGCAACACCUUUGACUCAGCAAAUUCCUAGCGAAAAGGACUCUUUCAAUCGUCUCCGGGUAGAUAAGCAUCUACGAGUUUCGUCAGUCGAGAAUGUAUUUGCCACUGGUGAUGCUGCCUCUGCACUAGCUGAUUCGAAGGGCCAUUACGCUUUGAUGUCCUGUCAACAUGCCCUUCAGCUUGGCCGGGUGUCUGGACAUAAUGCUGCUGCGGAUCUUCUUGGUGAGCCGCUGAUAGAUUAUGAGCAGGCAGCUUAUAAUUGCUGUCUUGAUCUUGGUUCAUGGGGUGCUGUCAUUGCUGGAGGGUGGGAGAAGGAAGUCAAGUUAACGGGUGAUCUUGCGAAGAAGGUCAAGUGCCAUAUCAAUCAGAAACUUAUCUAUCCUCCGGAUGAUAUUGAACAGGCACUGGUUUUGGCUAACCCGGUAGGACCUAACUCGGAUGAGCUAUUCAAGCAUAUCUUGGAACAGGUAGCAUAA